GGUGGCAUCGCCAAGAUGACAGUCGUUAACAGCUUCGUGUUCAUUGCACAGGUACUGCUGCUUCUGCCGCCGCACUGGGCCGGUGACGCCGUCAAAAGCUGUCCGGCGGCGAUUCAUCGAGCUGAGCGCAUCAUCACGGCUGAUAACAAGGAAACAGCGACUCAUACAGACCGAAAUUUUCUUCGGUGGACCUUCAACGAAAACCUGGAAUUCUCAAGAUUCACAUCGCCAUCGACAUCGGCUGCCUCAGCGCCAGCGCUGCCAAGUAUAAAAGACCACCCCCGAUCUGCACUCCACUGUGGGCACGGUGGCAUCGCCAAGAUGACAGUCGUUAACAGCUUCGUGUUCAUUGCACAGGUAGGAAAACGCUAUCCUUUCUGUUACCGUAGCAACAACCUUUGUCUUUUUUUGCUGCCGUGCCCACGGACCUGUUUUGCCUUGUUGCGUGAAAUGCGUGCACGAUUUGCUGAUUUGCUCAUGCUGUGCGGAGAUAUAGAGACCAAUCCCGGUCCUGACAGGGCAGCGAUGAUGGAAAUGUUAACUAAUAUCUCGGUCGACAUUAAGGAAAUUAAACUGAGCCAGGCUGCGACAACAUCGAGACUAGAGAAAAUAGAAUCGCGCCUCGAAGGCCUUGAAGAACUCAGGUCCGUUGUGAACAAAAACUGCGACAAGACCAACCGCCUCGAAGCCACCAUCACAUCACUCUCGAACAAAAUUGAUGAUUUAGAGAACCGUAGCAGAAGAAACAAUCUAAUUAUUUUUGGUCUUUCUGAACUACCUAACGAAGAGAGUAGCACCCUCGAGGAUAGAGUAACUAAAGAGAUUCUUGGUGGAAAACUAAAUGUAAAGAUUAAUGGAAUCGAUCGCAUACAUCGCCUUGGGAGGCCAGCUCAUGGCAAAACCCGUCCAGUAAUAUUUCGACUCGUAAACUUUAAAGAUAAAUUGAAUAUUUUACGCAACUGCAAUAAAUUGAAAAAUGAACGACUCUCGAUUAGUGAAGACUACUCAAAGCGAAUUCAGGGCAUUAGAAAAAAAUUACUUGAUAGCUCGAAAUCAAAUAAACUUGCUGGUGAUAAGGUCACGCUUACCUAUGACAAAAUUAAGAUAAAUGGCACAGUAUACAUUUGGAAUGAGGCCAUAAACGAUAAGGUUCCCAUAUCUGAGGAAACCCGGAAUCCCAGUACGUGACCAAGCCCUACUCAAGUCAACCGUGUAUAUGAAUUUCGAUUACUAAACCUAAACGCGCGAAGCAUCGUAAAUAAAACUGAUAAACUUGAAGCUGCUGUUUUGAAUACCCAACCUGAUAUUAUAGCAAUGACAGAAACUUGGCUAUCAGACAGCAUUCUUGACUGUGAAAUCACGCCCCCAAACUAUACGAUUUUGCGCAAGGAUAGAGGUUCUCGCGGUGGUGGAGUAGCGAUUCUUGUAAAAAAUGGCAUUGUAUGUACCCCCUUACCCGAUUGCCCAGAAAUUGAGUGCCUGUGUUGUAAAAUUGCUUAUAAAAAUACGUGCUGCUAUAUACUUGUUCUCUAUAGACCUCCCACUUCCACUUCAGGGUUUUUCAAAAGUAUGUAUAGUUAUAUCAAUGAUAAUAUUAAUGUGAGCAGUAAGAUUAUAAUUGCAGGUGACUUCAAUCUACCUUCCUUAGAAUGGUCCUCUCUAUCGAAAUGUACAAAAUCAUCUCUCGGCGCAGAUAUCCUUACAGAUCUAUGUUUUCAUUAUAACCUCACCCAAAUAGUUACUGAAAAUACCCGUAUUCAGGGAACGUCGCAAUCAAUGCUCGAUCUCGUCUUUGUCACCGAUCAUUUCCUGA